AUGUCUCGCACACCGAGUUCCAGCUAUUCCUCGCCUUCGCUUCCUCUUGACGACAAGCGCCACAUCCUCCCUCCACUACCGACUAACGUCGUAGAGCUCGCGCGUGCAAGUGGGAGACUCUACCAAGCGCCCUUCGACGGACGCCACGAUGCAUGGACAUACACGGGCUUGCGGGGCACGAUCAUCUUCGGUCGCGAUCCACUCUCCAUACAUGCUAGCAAGCUGCUUGGCAGGGGGCCCGCAGCAUGUUUUGAGUACAACUACUGGCUGAAGAUAGUCGAUCCGGCUGCGAAUGGGCACACCGUCUGGAUGCACGACAUCCCAACCGACUUCAAGUACAGUCUGGACAAGCCGUUCUUCCACAUCUUCGCUGGCAAGACCAGGAUGUUCGGCCUGCGCUUCGACGACGAUACCGAUGGCGAGAAGUUCUACAAAAAGGUCACGAGCAACGUGUCCUGCACAGUGUCUCCCCCAGGCAGGAUCAAUAGGUCUCCCUCGCCAUCGAGCAGACUGCCAACACCACCCGAGUCGCCCCUUCCCGCGACGCCACCUCUUCCUGCCUCUCCUCGCAUUAGCAAGUCGAUGAUCUCCUCCCCGAAUGCAAAGUCGUUCAAGCACGUGUCGCACAUUGGCUAUACCGACACGGGUCGUGUCGAAGCGUCUGAGAAUCUCGAGCCAGGCUGGAUAGUGAUGCUCGAAGAGCUGCAUGGUGACUUCAAGCAGUUGCCGAGUAUCCCGAGCACUCCGAGCACUCCGAGUCCACGGGCCAGUGCCAGGGCCGUUGAGGGCCUCAAAGGCUUCGUCGAAGGCUCUUUCAACGCAUUCAGUGCCUCAAAGUCGAAGAAUGAGAACGCGGAUGAACCGCCUCGGAAGCGUAAAUCGCCACAUAGGAAACCGGUAGCGAUAGCAUGA